UGUCACUUGCUGUAAUGAAAAAAUAUAUAUAGUGAGAGAAGUAUGCUUUAAAUUCAGUCUUAGAAAUCACUAGAUCAUUCUCUAAAUUUCUUUUCCAAAUUAAUUUAGCAUUUGGUAAGUCAAAAGACGAAGCCAUGAGCGAUCAGGAUGCUGAAAAGAAAAUCAAGAUGGAGGAUAAGUCGGAUUUUGUUAUGGUGGGAAAGGAAGGGCUGCAGUGCAAAGAAGGUACCAAUGUUGUAGAGAAAGAAAACGAUGGCCUAAUUCAAAUUGAUGUAGUGGAAACAGGAACUGAGGAUAAGAGUAUUGGAAGUAGAAAUGAAAUCGAAGAUAUUUUAAAUAUGGAAAAGAAGAAGAAUGAUGGCGAUUCAAUACACGAAGAAGAUGAGAUUAUAAUUGAGAAGGAGGAGGAAACUAAAAUUGAGGGGCAACAAGAUCACAUUAGAAAUAUUAAAGAAGAAUUGGUGGAACAACGUGAUAUUGAAAAUGAUAACAAGAAAAGGAAAACGAUUGAAGAGGAUUACAAGGGCAGUGAUGAGGAUGGGAAAAAGAAGGGAAAAGGGAAGGAUAAGAAAGACAAAGCAGGGAAGAAAGAAAAAGAAGUAAAUGUUGGGGAUGGCAAAGAAGAGUCAGAGGAUGAAAAAGAUAAGAAAAAGAAGAAGAAAGACAAGAAGCGAGAGGAUGGAGGUCAAGUAAAUGCGGAGUCUAAUGUAGGAAGAGUGAACUCGGUUGACGACAACGAAGAGAAGAAAAGUAAGGAUGAAAAAGAAGAUAAAAAGAAGAAAGAGAAGAAAACAAAAUUGGAUGAUUGUGAAACGCCGGAAGAAGUGUCUGAUGAUGAAGAAAGCAAGGAAAAAAAGGAAAAGAAAGACAAGAAGCACAAAAGUGCGAAGAAUAAGGAUGAGGUAGAGGCGGAAUCGGAAACUGGAAAGGAUAAAGAAGAAACGAAGAUUGGGAAAAAGAAAAAGAAGGAAGAUGGGAAGAAAGAGAAGAAAACAAACUUGGAUGAUUGUGAAUUGACGGAAGAAGAGUCCGAAGAGGAAGGGAGCAAUGAAAAAAAGAAAAAGAAAGACAAGAAGCACAAAAGUAAGGAGAAAGAAAGGGAAAGUAAGGACGAGGUUGAGGAAGGAGCGGAGAAAGAUGAUAACAAAGAUAAGAAGAAGAAGAAGAUGAAGGAUAAAGUUAAAGAAUGUGUAGAAGACUCCGAGGAAGAAAAGAACAAAAAAGAAGAAAAGAAGUUGAAGAAGAAAGAUAAGAAGGGUGAAUCACAUGUAGAAGAGGAAUCGGUAGAAGAUACGAAUAAGGACAAGAAAAAAGAAAAAGAAAAGAAAAAAUCAAAGGAUGAAGAUACAGAUGAGGAAGAACAAAAGAAGGAAAAGAAACAGAAAGAAAAAGGAAAGAGUAAAAAAGAUGAUGAAGAUGAUAAAGUCAAGGAUCUUGUGAAGCUAAAGAAGAAGUUAGGGAAGGUUGAGGGUAAGAUAGAAGCACUUCUUUUGAAAAAGGCUAAUCUCUUGAAGCUAAUCAAAGAAGUAGAAGAUGAGAAUCGUGAAUUGAUCGACAAGGUCAAAGAAGUUUCCAUUUCCGCAAUUCAAACAGAAAACACGAAGGACAGUGAGCGUACUAAGAAAAAAGGCGAUGUAGUUGUACUUAUAGCCGAGGAUGUAAAGAUUGAGAGUGAAGAGCAUGCUCGUACUUUCCCGUUGGAGAACUGUAAGGAAGCAACUAUAACUGAUUUUGAAACUCGAGCAGUUUAAAUUUGUUAUCAUAUUGUUGUUCGCCUUCAUUUGAACUAGAAGAUGAAGAUAGUUGUGGAGAUACGUUCAUUUUAUGUACAUGUUUAAAGUAUGUGAGUUUACUUUGUGAAAUUGUUGUGUAAGAAAUGUUUAAGAUAAUUUCUGUUUGAUAUGUUUUUGUACGAAGAGUUUAUUUUCACAGUUGCAAUGUUAAAUACAGAAUACCCAGAGAUACCUUAUCUUAGCCA